UCAAACUACCUUACUUUUUAUCUUGUAUCUUGCAAAACCUUGUGUUAAUGUCAUGUUUUACUAACUUCCGUUCCUUUUAAUAUAAAUUAUUAUAUUUCUUUUGAGGUUUCAAGUCAGAUAAAAGUGUUAACGGUUAAAAAAAUAUAAAUGCAAAAAUGAGCAGCGAUGAGGCUCCCAGUGGUCCUGUAGACAAUGCAUGGUCUAUGAAAUUGCCAGAAUUUAAACCUGAAGACAAUCCACAUCAGCUUUUAGAAGAAAGUGCUUUUGCCACAUUGUUUCCACGAUAUAGGGAGCAAUAUCUAAAAAAAUGUUGGCCUUUAGUUCAAAAAUCUUUAGGAGAACAUGGAGUUAAGGCUGAAUUAGAUCUUAUAGAAGGCAGUAUGACAGUUAGGACUACACGUAAAAUGUGGGAUCCCUAUAUAAUUAUUAAAGCGCGAGAUGUAAUUAAAUUACUUUCACGUAGUGUUCCUUAUGAACAAGCUGUAAGAGUUUUGCAAGACGACAUUGGUGCUGAUAUUAUUAAAAUAGGAUCUUUUGUAAGAAAUAAAGAAAAAUUUGCAAGGCGUCGCCAAAGAUUGAUUGGCCCAAAUGGGUGCACACUUAAAUCUAUUGAAUUAUUAACAAAUUGCUAUGUUUUGGUACAAGGACAAACUGUAGCAGCCCUUGGCCCUUAUAAAGGCUUGCAACAAGUUCGAAAAAUAGCAGAAGAAACUAUGAAGAAUAUUCACCCAAUAUAUAAUAUUAAAGCUUUGAUGAUCAAGAGAGAAUUAAUGAAAGAUCCCAAAUUGAAGGAUGAAAAUUGGGAGAGAUUUUUACCGAAGUUUGCCAGUAAAAACCUCAGUAAAAGAAAACAACCCAAAAAUAAGAAAACCAAAAAGCCUUAUACUCCUUUCCCGCCUCCACAACCUGAAAGCAAGAUUGAUAAACAAUUGGCCAGUGGAGAAUACUUUCUUAAAGAUGAUCAGAAAAAAGCUAGAAUGCACAAAGCUAAAGAAGAAAAGCACACUCAAGCUGCUAAGAAGAGAGAAGCGAUUCGUGAAAAAUCAUUUAUUGCUCCUGAAGAAACUAAAAAAGUGAAAGAAACAAAGGAAGCAACUGUAGAUGUGAAAUCAUUGAAAAAUAAAGUUAAAAAAGCUGUUAAAUUUGUAAAUAAGAAAUAAGAUUGUACACAUUGUUACUAAAUUAAUGUGAAAUAUUCAUAAUUAUUAACUGAUUGUAUU